AUGCAACAGAAAUCAUCUAAACCACCAUCAUCUAAAGCUAACUCACGUUCCUCCUCUCCUACCUCAGACCCCGCAGCAAUCUUCAAUAUCCUCAAAAAGAUCAAAUUUUUCGAAGAAAACAACAUUUUAGAUGAUUCCAUUCCAAAUGUUCAGGAAGACUUAAUCUCUAACCUGAAAUUUAAGAAAAUGAAAGAUCAGGAAUUCGUCUUCCACUUCGGUGACUUUGGAGACGAGUUUUACAUCAUACUUGAAGGAUCAGUUAAGAUUUUAAGACCUAUCAAGAAAAAGAACAAUGGUGACUCUGAUACGAAAAGAGACUCUAUUUUUAACCAAACCGAGGUCAGGAAACGAAGAAAGACUUCACUCGACAAUGAUCAUGAAGAUUUUGAGUACCAAGAAUUAAUAACUCUCGGUAAAGGUUCCUCUUUCGGUGAGCUCUCCCUCAUUGAGAAUAAACCUCGUGCUGCUACUAUUCGUUGAGCAGAAGACACCACAUUUGCUGUCCUGAACAAAUUCGGAUAUGACAAAGUCAUAGGAAAAAUUCUUAAGAAAAAGCUUAAUAAAUAAAAUUAAAUUCUUGAAGAGCAUCCCAUAUUUCACAAAAUGGACUAACAUGGCUCUCAGCAAGUUUGGCUACGACCACUUCAUCACAAACCACAAGCGUAACCAAUGAAUUUUCAAGGAAGGCCAGAAGAGCAAAUAUGUCUACAUCGUCAUCAAUGGAGAAUUCGAACUGACCAAGAAAAUUUAUCAAAAACAGAAUGAGAAUAAGAUGGUCAGGGAUCUCUUCGACUCUCACCUCGAGUCUAAAAGCAGCUAUGUCAGCCUCACCAAGACAGGAAAUCCGAGCCCGAUCGAGAAGAACACACUUAAGAAAAUAAUGCUCAACUUUAAAGUCAAGAAUAAUAAAUCAAUGAAACCAAGCAAAUGCAGGGUCUCCCUUCUGGGAGCCCUACAGAUCUUUGGUCAUGAAGACUCCUUUAGGAAGCGGGAUUAUACAACCACUUGCACAUGCACGGUGGAUGGGUCUUUAUUUGUCAUCCCAGCUUCUCAUUUCGAACGUGAUCUGAAGCAAUUCUCCGAAGACACUUUUAAAGAAAUGAUCAAGAAUUGAAUGCAGAAGGAAAUGAAGCUAAACAAAUUUAUUUCUAAUAAGCAAUCGAUCCAGUACAGUCUUACCAACCCAAAGAUGAAGGAGAAAAUCACUAAUGUGAGACAAAAUAUUUUCUCAGAGAUUCCAAUACUACCUUCGAUUCGGACAAAUUCUAAAGCAAACUCUAUUGAAGAGGAAGAAGAUGAUUACAAGAAUGGCACAAGAGGCAGCGUUGACAUUACAAACAUCAAUAGAGUAAAAUUUGUUAACAAGAGCCAAAAAGUAUCAAAACCAAUAUCACAUAAGAACUCUACUAGAAGGCGAUUUACUAGUAAAAGAAGCUCUCAUUGAAAACAAUUCUCAGAAGUGCCAAGUCUCAACUUUGAGAGAAGCCUAAUCCUCAAAGACUCUCACCUUCAGCCAAACAACUCUGUAAUGUUCACUAACAAGCAUCCCUCUAUCGUCAAUUCCCAAAGAUCACCUUCAAAUUGCUCUAAAAUAAAGGGAGGCAAUUUCUCAAUACUCCAAGCCUAUUCGAAUAAAUUCUCUCCUGAAGAGGAGAACCAUGAAAUGAGCUUGGUAUCUCAAAGAUUGAAAGGGAUACCCUCAAAUAUUCGUACUGAAAAUAUGAGGAAUAAGUACAUGAAUGCUCAUAAGCUUUCCAUGUCUUUAGACACAAAGGAGUCCUGAAUAGACAAACUCCCUUAUCCAAUAAGGCUCCCAAGAAAGUCUAAUUUUCAAUAAACAAUUGUUAAAAA